GUUUUCUUUCACUUUUGGUUGCAUGGGACGUAGCUUGUCACAUUUAGUGAUUCGUAGGCAUUUAUGUAACGUACAUUUCUUCGUUGCAGAGAUUCGCAUUUGACAGUCUAUGUAGUUUUGACUAGCUAACAAGCUAACAUACUGGGUGUCUUUGGAUCGUUCCUGUGAGUGACGGGCUGUUUUUGGCAGUAUCCAGCAGUGGUGUCUCCUAUCUCUGCUGAUCCCCUCUCAAUGCCUACCGCCUAAGGUCCCCCUCCAGAACUCUUCCCCCGUCUCAUCGGCUUCCAGCACCAGAGGGAAAUCAGGGAAGCGGGCCAUGGCGGCCAAAGCGGGGGACAACCCAGACACCCUGAUGGGUCUCUGCACGACCUACUGUCUGCGUAACCUGCGGCGGACGAUGUGCUACCUGGGGGACAGGAACAAGCUCACCCUGCGCCCCGAUAUCUUUCUUCCGAGUGAAAUCUGCGACAAACUCGUUAACGCAUAUGUGGAGCUGGUCCACACGGACAGCAACUUUGAGCCGCAGGACGGCUUCUUCCAGCUCUUCUCCGACCCGCGCAGCACCAGACUGACCCGGGUACAGCUGCGGGAGGACCUGGUGCGCGACAGGGACCUGGAGGCCAUCGGAAAACAGGACCUUAUCGAGCUGCACCUGACGUACUGCAACAACCUGUCGGCGCGCAGCCUACGGGCGCUGAGCAGCUUCGGCCACACGCUGGUAUCCCUCAGCCUGUUUGGCUGCACUAACAUCUUCUACAGGAAGGGCGGCGCCCCGCUGGCCUGUGCCGAGGUGGACGAUGACGAUGAUGAGGAGGACAGGCCUGCCAGGUUCGCCCUGGACAACAACUUCAACUUUCAGGGCUUCAACCGUUUGCGGCUGCUGAACCUGGGCGGGCUGCCGGAGGAGGUGGACGUGGAGGCGCUGCUGAAGCCGCUGCCGGCCCUCACCUCGCUGGACCUGUCCGGGGUGCACCUGGCUCGCGCCGCCUUCCUGGCCCAGUGGAAGGAGCGGCUGGCCUCGCUCGUCCUUUACAACGUGGAGCUCUCCGAGGAGCUCAUCAACACCGUGGUCCAGAUGAGCCAACUACGGCAUCUGGACAUCUCCCGUGAAAACCAGCGCACGUACAAGUUCAAGAUGACCAGGAAGAUCCUGACCACGCUGGUGCAGAACCUGGGGAACCUGGUCUCCCUGGACAUCUCUGGACACAUCAUGCUGGACAACUGCUCCGUUCCACACAUCGAGGAGGCCAUGGGGCCACCCAGCAUCGAGCCCUGCAAGAGCAGCAUUGUCCCGUUCCAGGACCUGAAGAGGCCACUGCAGUUCCUCGGCCUGUAUAACACUUCACUCUGCAAUCUCAUGCACAUCCCAGCCUACAAGGUGACAGGCUCCAAGAAUGAGGAGCAGGUCCUGAACGCCAUUGAGGCGUACACAGAGCACCGGCCCGAGCUAGCACACCGCGCCAUCAACCAGCUCUUCGACAUCGCCAGGAUACAACACUGCAGCCAGCUGCUCAGAGCCCUGCAGCUGGUCAUUGCUGCCCUCAAGUGUCAUAAGUAUGACAAGAGUGUGCAGGUGACGGGCAGCGCGGCUCUCUUCUACCUGACCAACACGGAGUACCGCUGUGACCAGAGCAUCCAGCUGCGACGGCAGGUCAUCCAGGUGGUGCUCAACGGCAUGGAGCAGUACCAGGAGGUCACGGUCCAGCGUAACUGCUGCCUGACGCUGUGCAACUUCAGCAUCCCGGAGGAGCUGGAGUUCCAGUACGAGCGCGUCAACAUGCUGCUGCUGAAGAUCCUGGAGCCGGCGCGGCAGGACGAGUCCAUCCAGCGCAUCGCCGUGCACCUCUGCAACGCCCUCGUCUGCCAGGUGGACAACGACCACAAGGAGGCCGUGGGCAAGAUGGGCUUCGUCAAGACAAUGCUGAAUUUGAUCCAGAAAAAGCUGCAAGAUCAAAUGUGUGACCAGGUGAUGGAGUUCUCCUGGAGUGCUCUGUGGAACAUCACAGACGAGACGCCGGAUAACUGCCAGAUGUUCCUCAACUGCAGGGGGAUGAGCCUCUUCCUGGACUGCCUAGAGGAGUUCCCAGAUAAGCAGGAGCUGCACAGGAACAUGCUGGGCCUGCUGGGCAACGUAGCGGAGGUGAAGGCCCUGAGGCCACAGCUGCUCACCCUGGAGUUCGUGGUGGUCUUCACUGAAUUACUGGAGAGCAAGGCAGACGGCAUCGAGGUGUCAUACAACGCGUGCGGCGUGCUGUCCCACAUCAUGUUCGACGGGCCAGACGCCUGGCCCAUGGAGGAGCCGGGCAGGGACCAGGUCAUGCAGAAGAUGUGGGAUGCCAUCCAGAGCUGGGACGUCAGCUCGCGGCGCAACAUCAACUACAGGUCUUUUGAGCCCAUCCUGCGCCUCCUGCCCCAGAGCAUCGCCCCCGUCAGCCAGCACUGGGCCACCUGGGCUCUCUUUAACCUGGUGUCUGUCUACCCAAAUAAAUAUUGUCCAUUAUUGGUGAAAGAGGGCGGCAUUGUACUCCUGGAGAAAGUCUUAGAGAUGGAGAGCUCACACGUAGACACAAAGAACAUGGCAAGAAAAGUCAUGGAGUCAUGUGCAAACUUCAAAGAGGACCCCAUGGACACGAGCAGGUAAACGGGGAGGAGAAGCAUCCUCUCCCCUCCUCCCCUGGACGGAUGGCUGGUUGCCCUGGGCAUUUGGGCCAGAGAGAGACAGACAGACCACACAGAUCACCACCGCGGGAUCACGUUCACAUCCCUUUGCACCAGAGUCUUUUAUUUCUUAAAUGAGCAUCGAGUCACUGUAGAGCAAAGCAAAACUUCAACAAAAGAAAGCAAAAAUGUUGCCUCGUGGUCAACAGUUUUUUUUGUUUUUUUAAUUUCACCUGGGACCCGACACUGGUCGAUCAACAACCAGGGAAAGUCGAGACCUGGUAACUUACACAUGAGAUGUAUGUUGAUUUUGUUUGUUUGUGAGGGGUUUUGUGUUUCUUUUUAUUUCUCUGUUGUUGUUGUUGCACAUGGUAAGCAGUAUUUUUACCAUUCAUAUUAGCUGUGUGUGUUUAACUUUUUAUUUGUUUGAUUUGCCUUUUGUUUGUUCAAAUGUGUGAUGUGAUUGUGUGUGCGCACACAAAAGUGAGAUGUGUGUGUGUGUGUGUGUGUGUGUGUGUGUGUGUGUGUGUGUGUGUGUGUGUGUGUGUGUGUGUGUGUGUGUGUGUGUGUGUGGGCAUGCACAUAUAUGCCUGUACACAUAAAUGUGCAAAUGCUAUGAUGUAUGGAUCUCUUAGGAACAACACAUUUUUGGGUGAUUCUCAUUUUUCUUAUAUUAUAUAAAAAAAGUUAACGAUAUUCAUUGGCAAAGAAUAGGCUAUGAUGGCCUGCCUUGGGGUGCUAGUCCCAUGGAGGGCCUUAAAAUAUAAGCUUAAACUCGUGCACACAGUAAGCACCCUCUGUGACAAGUCACACUCCCCACAGAUGAGCAUAUUACCCCCCCAGUGUGGAUAGUCCAGUUGGUGGCCCGAGAAGGCAGGAACACACAACACAGUUGUUGAAUCACCAUCCUUGACAUGCUAGGUGUAUGCAUUCACUGGCUCACUCACACAGACAGACAAACAGGGAGUGCAGGUCAAUCACUGUCCUUGCGUCCUUUCCUUGCCUCAGUCUUGUCUCGACUCUGUGGAGAAAACGAUCGUUUCCCGGCUGUCAACCAAUGCAGAGUGACUUUUUUAGCGGGAUUCCUCCUUUUCAACAUCCCAAUUUUCAACCCCCACAUUACAUUUUUUGGAUUUAUCAUCAUCUGUGAUGAUUGUCACAGGGAUGGAGACUGCAGGAAAGGGCGAGAGGACAGUAAUUGACUUGCACCCAUGGAGGUUGCACCUAAAGAGGGGAGGAACCUGUGUCACGAAAUGCUGUUAAUGAUGAUCUCCAGACAUAGUCAGAGACUGAGGAUGUCUUUUCAUUGUACAUAUUUGGAGGUAAAGCUUUCUCAUUUUUGUUGUUUUUUUGUAUGUAUGUUUUCAUGACAUAAUUAAUUAUAAACAUAUUAUAUUGUGAUGCUUCCCCCAUCUCUAACAUGAUCGAUGUUUUCCUGGCUUCCUUUUAGAGGAAUGCAAUUUUACACCAAGUAUGGGAGCGGGCACAAAAAGAAAGACAGAGGUUCCUGCCACCGAUGGCAGAAAUACUUUAACGUUAAUGACCCCGAGGAUGUUUUUGUUUUCAUAAUUAUUUAUUAUAUUUGUUUUCUUUUAGGAAAUACAAGGAGCGAGGAUUUACCUGUCCCAUAUUCAUGUACAAAAAAAAAUCAUUCACAUGUCUGUUCUUAAAACCAGGCAUUAUGGUUGUUUUGGGCUUAAUUUUGUUUCCACAUUUUUAUUAACAGUCUGAAAGAGCCACUAUAUUAAUGAUAAAUCUCCUGAAAUAUGAUAAAUUACCCUGUCCUUUUUCAUUCACUAUUGUGUUUUUAAAAAAAUACACCUACACACGUUUGGUGAGAAGAAUUUUCUAGACCUGAUGUCUCACUCGACAUGAAUGGUUUUUUCAGGCUACAAUGAAUUACCAUAUCAUUUUUUAUUUUAUAAGCAUAGACAAGUUGCAAUAUAUAGAUAUAGUACAUAUAUAUAUUUACAUCCUAGUUAAAAAAAAAAAAGAAUCUUGCGUUCAUUCUAUAAAGUAUAAUUUGGCCUCUGUGAUUGUGUUUGACAGAAAAUUCUGCAAUAAACCUGUGAGACACUUGACUGUCCCAAGCAUUAUGCAAUCACGUAUCCAGUGAGCAUGUACGGCAAAGGACCAUUUGGACUGUUAGUUUUAUGAUUGAUCAUCCUUUCGAUCAUGCCCAUUUUGUAAGUUUUACAGAAAGCAAAGGCAUUGGACUGUAGGCUGCCGUGAACUUGCAUAGACAAGUAGUGACGUGUGUUUGUGUGGUGUCUGGAUUUUAUCGAGUUCUCUCAGCUAACUAUGUGGACAUUAAGUGGAAUGCAAAAAGACACAGGAACUUAAGUCUGUUUAAAGUCACUCUCAAUAUUCUUGAAUGACCUUGUGCUAAUUUAGUUUUAAAUACUCCUCUCAAUUCGUGAUGUAUGUAUGUUGUAAGCCCACCCCAAUCAAACAGUAGAACGCACAUAAUAAUCCCUUGGCAAAAAAGGACUUGUGUUGCACCAGAAGCACAUUGUUCAUCUAAGGACUGCAAGACGGACACCAAUUGUCUGUUCAGACAGACGGCAUUCAUAAACAUCAUUAUUCCUAUCACCUAGGGGUACUGCAUAAUAUGUUUUGUUGUGCUUCAUUCUCUUUCUAUUAUCUUAGAGUGAUGAAUGAUUGGCCACAUUGUACCAAAGGACAGAAUAAUGUAAUGGUGUAUGUUUUUGUUUAGAUUCAUUAUGAGCUUAUGGCUAUUAACUGAUCGACCCAACCUAUGAAUUGUAUGGCAAGGUAGAUGUUCAUAUACAUAAUAAUAAACGAGAGGAGAUUUUGUGAUAUGAGUAACACUGAAAA